AUGGGACAAGGCUACUCCCUCACAACCCUGUCCGCGGGGUCGGCGGGGAUCGAUGUGCCUGAAUUAGCUGACCUGGUGUAUGAGAAGUCGAUGGGGGGUGGCAGAUUCAUGAAAAGCAUUCGCGCUCGGCAGCCAAAUGGUCUGGUGUUCAUCAAGGUUAUCAUGAAACCGUUCCCAACCAUGGAACUGGAGCCAUAUAUCAAAAACAUCACGAGGGAGCGAAGGCUGUUGUCGGAUGUACCAAAUGCGCUAAGCUACCAGCGGAUUCUUGAGACUGCCACGAGUGGAUACCUUGUGCGCCAGUACAUCCACAGCUCUCUCUACGAUCGAAUGAGCACACGGCCUUUUCUAGAGCAUAUUGAGAAAAAGUGGAUUGCCUUCCAGCUGUUGUGUGCUCUUCGAGAUUGCCAUUCACUAGAUGUCUACCAUGGUGAUAUCAAAACUGAAAACGUUUUGGUCACGGCCUGGAACUGGCUCUAUCUUUCUGACUUCUCAUCAUCUUUCAAACCCACAUUUCUCCCCGAGGAUAAUCCGGCAGAUUUCUCUUUCUUCUUCGACAUCUCCGGGAGACGAACCUGUUACUUAGCCCCCGAGCGGUUCUCUGUUGCCGGGGAAGAGCCCAGUGAAAGCGGCGUCAACUGGGCAAUGGAUAUCUUCAGUGCUGGCUGUGUCAUUGCGGAGCUUUUUCUUGAAUCGCCGAUCUUCAACCUGAGUCAAAUGUACAAGUAUCGCAAAGGGGAAUACAGCCCAGAACACAGUCAGCUAGCAAAAAUCGAUGAUCCGGACAUUCGGGAGUUGAUCCUGCAUAUGAUCCAACUUGAGCCAGAGUCUCGGUACUCGGCGGAGGAAUAUCUGAAUUUCUGGAAGGGCAAGGCCUUUCCAGAAUACUUCUACAGUUUUCUCCACCAAUACAUGUCCCUCAUGACCGAUCCUUCCUCCGGGCGAACAGACUUGGAUGCAGAAUCAGCCAACCGAGGGGAGGCAGACGAACGGAUUGAGCGAAUUUACCUAGACUUCGAUAAAGUAUCUUACUUCCUCGGUUCCAACACCCGUGGCGUUGGGGCUCUAUCUAAUGUCCCAAUUUCCAAAUUGACAGGCAACACUCUCCCUGUGAGGCUUGAUCUGCCAAAUGGUGAAAGCCAGGUUUCAGCACCACAGUCACAGCCAGAUGAGGGUGCUCUGGUUUUCCUAACACUUGUGGUAUCCAACUUGCGAAAUACUGCCAAGGCAUCGGCUCGGAUUAAGGCCUGCGAUAUCCUUCUUGCAUUUGCGGAAAGGCUGUCAGAUGAAGCAAAAUUGGAUCGCAUUCUUCCAUAUAUCAUGGUCUUAUUGACUGACCGGACCGAUGCUGUCAAGGUUGCUGCGAUCCGCACCUUAACCCAAUUACUGAAAAUGGUCCAGGUGGUCUCUCCGGUCAAUGCCUAUCUGUUCUCCGAAUACAUAUUCCCAAGGCUCCAGCCAUUCGUUGCUAGCUCCAACAGCAAGUCAAGCGCCAUGGUGCGUGCGGCAUAUGCCUCAUGCAUUGCGUCUUUGGCCCAGUCAUCUUUGAGAUUUUUGGACAUGAUCCAAGCAUUGCGUUCCGAUACCCGUUUGGCUGCGUUGAUCCCGGUCGGCUUUGAGCCUCGAUGGUCUGAGGAUGCGACUUAUCACAAUCUCUAUGAUGUGGCUCGGAUCGAUCUUCUAGAAUAUUUCGAGGUUCACACAAAAAUGCUGUUGACAGACACCGAUGCAUCAGUUCGGCGGGCCUUUCUGGGCUCUGUCUCCAGCCUCUGUGUGUUUUUCGGCAAUCUCAGAGCAAACGAGGUUGUUCUCAGCCAUUUGAAUACCUAUUUGAACGAUCCAGACUGGAUUUUAAAAUGCGCCUUUUUCGAGGCUGUCAUCGGCGUCGCCGCCUAUGUAGGGAGCCUGAAUCUGGAGCUAUACAUAUUGCCGCUGAUGGUUCAGUCCAUGACUGAGCCUGAGGAAUUCGUUGUUGAAAGGGUGAUCCGAUCUCUAGCAACUAUGGCUGACUUAGGCUUAUUCCAGCGAUCAACAACGUGGGAUCUCCUAAACACGACUGUUGGAUUUUUGGGCCAUCCGAACAUCUGGAUUCGGGAGGCAGCAGUCAAGUUCGUGGUUAAUUCCGCCAAAUUUUUAUCAAUAGCGGAUGUUCAUUCCAUCCUGACGCCCAUUAUCCGGCCUUUCCUCAAGAUCAAAAUUGUUGUGUUUUCGGACACCCAAAUACUCGAUGCACUCAAACGGCCAAUGUCGAGAAGUGUAUACGAAAUGGCCUUUCUCUGGGCUUCAAAAUCAGAGAAAGGUGUUUUCUGGAAGUCGCCAAGUCGCGAUGGCAUGUUCAGCUUGUCUGAGCCUGGAUCAUUCAGUCCCCGCGUGGGUCAACGGAAUCAUUCCUUUAAUAUGGCCGCUCAAUCAAGAAAUGACGAGGACGAACAAUGGCUUAGUCGGUUGCGAAACCUUGGGAUGGGCCCCGAGGAUGAGUUCAAGCUUCUCGCACUCAAAGACUAUAUUUGGAGAGUCUCAUUACGCCAAUCGAGAGAAACUGAUGUCCAUUCAAGGCCACCCUUGAACGACAUUGUCAGUUUGACACAACAUGGAGUAAAGCCCCAGACUGUGUUCUUUGAUAAGGAAAUCAAAGAUCAGUCGCGAGCAAUAUCCUCAGACGUAAACGAUGGCACCGCGGAGGAUCCAAGACCGAGAACAAUCGCAGAUGCUUUGCUUGACGCUUCUACAACCAUUGAGCGAAUGCCCAGUGCUCAUCGCAAGCACUUGCGGUCGAAAAGCCAACUUUCGAAAGAGACAAGACGUGCCUCGCUUGUUCCUAUCUUGGACGGAAAUGAUACUUCUUCGUUAUCUUCGUCUCCAGUGGCAUCAUCGCCUGCCGGAGGACCUGCGUCUCGUCCAUUGUCCCCUCCGAACUUCCAUAAUGAUCAGAGGGUUUCCAGUCGUCGACCGAGCCCUGGAAAAGACGGCCCGUUGACAUCAACUAACGCAGACACUAGAAGUAUAUCUGAUCGUGUACAUAAAAAGUCUAGCGCGAUGAGUUUGUUGAGUCGCAAAGACACUGCCAAGGCCGACGCUGAAACGGGCACAAGCUCCGCAAACGCCUUCGGAAAGGUAGACGCACCGGUCCAAAGAGGAGGCACACCCCGACCAUUAACACCAUUACUCUCAAACGAGCACAAAGUAACCCCGACAAUAUCCCAGAAAUAUCGUGCCCACCAUUCGUAUGGGGGCAACGACCCUGCGGUUCUGCGACUUUUAGACAACGUCUUUGAGGAAAACUACCCGACAGACCUAUUUGACCUAGGGCCGUAUGUCAAGGAAGUUGACACCCGCCAACCGAUUCGCACCGCCACUGAUCAAGAGCCAAGUAAGAUCUGGAAACCUGAAGGGAAUCUGGUCGCAACUUUUGGCGAGCACAGUGCGCCAAUCAAUCGUGUCGUGGUAGCACCGGAUCACUCCUUCUUUGCUACCGCAUCCGACGAUAGCACGGUGAAGAUUUGGGAUACAACUCGUCUUGAAAGGAACUUGACUCCUCGAUCCCGUCAAACUCACCGUCAUGCAGCAGGCUCGCGCGUGAAGGCUUUGACCUUUGUUGAGAAUACCUACACUUUUGUCAGUGCGGCCACUGAUGGCAGCGUUCAUGCCGUUCGAGUCGACUAUCAGAAAGUCAGUCAGACAGCCGUCCGAUAUGGCAAGCUUCAAAUUGUUCGCGAAUAUCAGCUUCCCAUAGCUGAAGACGGAUCACCCGAAUACGCGGUCUGGAUGGAGCACUUCCGUGAUGAAGGACAAUCCACCUUGAUUAUUGCGACCAACACUUGUCGCAUCGUUGCGUUGGACAUGAAAACCAUGCUGCCGAUCUACACGCUAGAAAACCCAGUUCACCAUGGAACUCUGACUACAUUCUGUUGCGACCGCAGGCAUCACUGGCUACUGGUCGGCACAACUCAUGGGAUCCUCGACCUAUGGGAUCUCCGCUUCCGCGUGCGGUUGAAGGCUUGGGGUCUUCCAGGCUGGGGUGCUAUCAACCGGAUCCAACUACAUCCCGUCAAGGCCCGCGGACGCUGGGUCUGCGUAUCCAGCAGCGGCAGCCACGGCAAUGAAAUCACAGUGUGGGAUAUCGAGAAGUUCCGCUGUCGCGAGGUUUACCAAGCGACCCCACUGGGCGUCGGCAACAAUGGUCCCAAUGGCGCUCAUCAUCCUUCCCGCGCCCCUCACGCCUAUCCGACCCCUGUCAUGCCAAGCGAUUACGAAGCGUGGCGGGUCGAUGGCGACCGGCCCGAAGGGAUGCUGAGUCGCUUUGCGGCGAACGGCCCUGAGCCUGGUACUCCGUCUUCCAACAAUCCGGCCGGCGAUCGACUCGGCAUCUGGGCGUUUGCGGUCGGCCUCAAUGCCCCUGGCGAGGACAAGGACUCUAGCACGAAAUGUGGGUACAUCAUUUCCGCAGGAUGCGACCGGAAGAUCCGGUUCUGGGAUCUGGCGCGACCGGAUCUCUCCUCGAUAGUCAGUGGGUUAGACGUCGUCUCAGACGGUAGUGCCAGUGGCAAGCCACACUAUGAGCAGUCCCAGCCCAGUCCCAGUCUCCUGGUUACCACCGAGCACCUCCCUACUUCGUCCAGCACUGGCAGUUCUCGAGAUACUAGGAAGGGAGCUAGCCCGAGGCCGCCGCGUAGUACCGUCAUCAGCCUGCAGCAGCAGAUGUUAUUGAAGAGCCAUCUGGAUAUUAUUCAAGAUGUGGCGGUUUUGCGUGUGCCGUACGGUAUGGUUGUGAGCGUCGACCGUGCUGGUAUGGUGUACAUCUUUUCUUAG